GUGCGUAAAGUUUACCAAGCAAACGUCCUUGUAUCGUCUUGUGUAACAGAGCUUAACCACGGCAAGGCAUGGGUUAAAUCCUCUCGCCAGAAAGUUUGACUUUGCGUAAGAAACUGGGCUGAAUUCGAUAAAUGAGCCGGAGAAAAAGACUGCAGCCCUCCUCUCCUCUCCACUUGUCAGUCCUCCAGAGAACUGAUAUGUUGUUCUGUGUAAGAGCUGGAAUUGAGAGCGCACCCCUGCUUUUUAUCCACUUUCCACAAAGCAACAUCUGUGCGCGCAAUUCAUGUCAAAGUCUGAUUUACUAUUGAUUUACAGGAGGAAUUUCUUUUUUCUAGUUUCAUUGCCAUGGCAAAAUGGUCACUCUUAUUUCUAUACUUUCUCUAUGGACAACUUCCUCUCAUCUUUGGGCAACAGCAGCGCACAGCUGGCGCCUGGCGGCACCGGAUUCAGUGGGAGAACAACGGGCAGGUUUAUAGUUUAAUGAGCACUGGAUCAGAGUAUCAGCCCCCGGUUGGCUCCAGAGGCCAGCAGAGGGUUUAUGUUAGCGGCAGGAGGGAUGGCACCAGGAGCCAGAUGCCGGGAGCGCAGAGAGGAGCGACGCUAGUAAGACCUGGAUAUGCUGAGUCCAGACAGGUCAGGACUGAUCAAGGUGUCGGACAAGGAUCUAUUGCACCAGAACGCGAUGUUAGACAGUAUAUGUCUUUUAAUAGUCGUGCUUCAGGGGCCAGACAGCAGUCCGAGCGCCCUCACGGAACGGGAGCUGUAGGUUAUCAAGGCGCACGACGCGUUAACCCUGCAUACACCAACACAAACAACGCCUCUGCACCGGGGAGAUUUACAGAUUUCCCAGGUAGGAGAGGAGGUGUCGGUGUGGAUGCUACUGCACUGCACACCAGAGGAGGAGAACCAGGGCCUGGUGCGCAAUACCAACAGUUACGCACGGUGCCAGAGGCGAUGUCUGUCUCCAGGCAACCCGCCCAGACGGAUCACUCCAUCUCAGCGUAUCCUUUAACAGUGGGAAGGGAAUCUGAGGCUGCUGCCACUGCAGGUAACGAGGAUGGUUCAAACGAGGCAAACAGUCAUGGAGAGGGCAUGGUUAACGAUGACCCUCGAAACCCGUUAAAAAACCACAGGAAUUCUGUUUUCUACAACCCCUAUCCUACAAGAGGGAGGCCAGUGGCACGCACGCGCCGUCCGCCUGGCACAGGAUACGGAACAAGAUAUUUCCAAAAUGGACUGCCAGACCUGGUGCCAGACCCAUAUGCCAUCCAAGCAGGUGCUUAUAUCCAGCGCAUGCAGAUGUUUGCGCUCCGCUGUGCAGCCGAGGAGAACUGUCUGGCCAGGUCGGCAUAUGGACCCGCCGUGAGAGACAUCGACUUCAGGGUCCUCCUGCGGUUCCCCCAGAAAGUGAAGAACCAAGGGACCACUGACUUCCUUCCUGUCAAGCCGAGAUAUCAGUGGGACUGGCACAGCUGUCACCAACACUAUCACAGCAUGGACGCCUUCAGUAACUAUGACCUGCUGGAUGUCGUCACUGGACGUAAAGUGGCCGAGGGACACAAGGCCAGUUUUUGCCUCGAGGACACGGGCUGUGAUCCUGGAUUCAGGCGACGCUACGCCUGUACAUCUCAUACACAGGGUUUAAGUCCAGGAUGUCAUGAUACGUACGCUGCCAACAUCGACUGUCAGUGGAUUGACAUCACUGACGUACCUCCAGGAAACUAUAUCUUGAAGGUUACUGUAAACCCCAAUUUCCAUGUCCUGGAGUCAGACUUCACCAACAACAUAGUGAGAUGUGAUAUCACAUACACAGGAAUUUAUGUUCAGACACGCAACUGUCGAGUAUCAAGGGGUUGAAAUCUCCCUUUUCGAGUACUAUCUGUAGGAGUUUUGCAGCAAACAUCUCUCCCUGUACUGUACAGCAACAUCGACUCUAUGACUACCAACAAGUGCAAUUGUUUAGUUGUAAGUGCUACAGUCUUGUGUUGCAUUUACUGGAAAUAAAUGCGAACGUUUACACGUACUUUAUACUUUAAACUAGUGAGAUCCUCAGAUUUACUUGAUUGUUGAAUUUUUACAAAUGUGCCUUAAUUCAUAACAAAGAGAUUUCUUUUUUUUGCCUUUACAAAUAUAAGUACUGUGUUCAUUUAUUUCUUGAAUGCUGGUUUAUUGCUUGAAAUGUGUGUUUUGUUGCCACGUGUCGUCUUGUUCUACUGCUUUGUGUUACUGUUAUGUUUGAUUUAAAGGAUAACAUCUUAUGUGUUUUUGUUAUUGUCAACAAAUCUUAUACAAAGACCAGAACCAACAACAUGUUGGUCAAUCUCAUAAUACUUUUGACUUCUGUACCCAAUUUUGGGCUCUUAGUCCCUACUGAAGACACAGAUCUUUCACAAUAGAUCAUAAAUAUAUAGUUUCCGGUAUCUGGUUUUGAUCUUUUCAUGGGAUGUGUUGAGUUAUAAGAAAAAUACAGGAAGUCAUCUGCUCUGUAACCACUUAGUGGUCACAUAAGCAAGUUGCCAAUAUCUCAUUUUCAUUACAUAGUAUGUCAAAGUAUGUUUUCUGAAUGUGUGCAUGUGUAUAACUGAGUGAAUGAAAAAUUUGGAAAACUGUAAAGUAAAAGUGUUAAUAUUGCUAAAAUAUUGUUGAAAACCUCAUAUUCUGUUGGCAUGUUGAAUUUAAUGCAAUAAAGAUGGCGAGGAGA